GCAAUGUGCUGCCGCAGUUGUUGGGCGAGGGAAGUAUCAGCCGCCAGCUCUUGAGGGCGGGUCUGAUAUUCAACUCAGUUUCUUCAUGGCUGGUUUCGUGGCUGUGGUGUCUCGGAUUCGCGGAGUGGUGCAUUCUGAUGGUGCUGGAGCAUAUUUUUCAACUCUUCGCUGUCCUGGUCCUCCUCAGAAGCAACACCCAAUUUCACCUGCUCUUCACGAUGCUGGGCUCCGUCCUGGGCUACGUGGGAAGACGCGAGGUGGAGGUUCAGACCGUGCAGGUCAAGAGCUGGGUGGUUUGCCUGGUUUUUACCGUCUUCAGCCUUGUUGCGGGCAUGUGGUUUACGCAGCACCGGGCCUUGCUGUUCCUGCAAAAGAAGCUCUUGGUGCUCUACAACAUA